GUGGGGGGCUGGAAGACCGUGAUCCCCGGCUCGUCUGUGACCUGUGCCUGCGCGCUUUCACAUCGCCAAAUCGCGUCUGCGGGGGAACUGGGCUCUCACGCGUCGGGCCGUGCGUGCGAGCGCGCGCGUGCGCGCGCCAGCUGAGACACACCGAGGACGGCGAGGAGCAGCACCCUGAUGGUGGACACUUCAACCCGCCGCCCUGCGCCCUCCCCGCGGAGCCCCGCUUCACUUCUCCACCCUCGCUGACGAGACGAGACGAGAGCCACGCGUGGUUUACUUCCAUCGCCCUAACGCCGAUCUCCCGUGCCGGCGUCCAGGGCACAGAAAGAACAAAGUCAUAUAUUCCCCCACCCCCUCCCUCCUCCCCCCUCCCCCUCCUCCUCCUCCCCCGUGUGUGUUUACAUUCUGAGGGGAGGAAACCCCCCACCAAAGGAAGCACAUGCCGCGCCGGAGCCGGAGCCGCCGCGUGGACACGCUUUACGUCGACGGGACCGGACUGACCCGCGGGAUCUGACAGCGGUCUGUGUCCGCGCCUUGCACCCGCACCGCGCGAGGAGGAGGCGGCGGCCCGAGGAGCCAGAUCGCGUCGGUCGUUUCCCUUUGCAUUGUUUUUUUUUUUUUUUUUUGUCUUUCUUCUUCCCCAGCCCACCUCCUCCCCUGCAAACCCGCACAUUCGACUCCCCCGUCUUCCUCUUAUUCGCACUGAAUGGGAUUACAAGGAGGGCGAUCUCGCGGGGCCUUGUGACUUGUCGCGUCUCGCCCAACCUGUCACCCAAAUGUGUCUCCCUCCCCGAGUUUCCCCUUCUCUCUCUCGCACGACGGCGGCGGCCUGAGGCCGAAGUGAGCGACGCCCCCCCCUCCCCCUCCCCUCCCCUCCACAUCGUCACAUCUGGCGAGGGACGUUAUUUUUUUUUAAUUCCCUGAAAACGGAGCCCCAAUCUCACCACUCCACCCCCCUCACACCUUAGCCCCGCUUCUUCUGUUGUUGUUUUUUUUUGGGGGGGUAGAGUCCCAGGGUCGAAAGAUGGCGGACCUCGAAGCGGUGCUCGCCGACGUCAGCUAUCUGAUGGCGAUGGAGAAGAGCAAGUCCACGCCGGCGGCCCGGGCGAGCAAGAAGAUCAUCCUGCCCGAGCCCAGUAUCCGCAGUGUGAUGCAGAAGUACCUGGAGGAGAGGGAUGAUCUGACAUUUGACAAGAUUUUCAACCAGAAAAUUGGCUUCCUGCUCUUCAAGGACUUCUGUUUGAACGAGAUCGACGAGGCCGUGCCCCAGCUCAAGUUCUACGAAGAAAUUAAGGACUACGAGAAGCUGGACUCCGAGGAGGAGAGGCUGAGCCGCAGCCGGCAGAUCUACGACGGCUACAUCAUGAAGGAGCUCCUGUCCUGUUCACAUCCGUUCUCUAAGAAAGCAGUGGACCACGUGCAGAGUCACUUGGCGAAGAAACAGGUUCCCCCAACUCUCUUCCAGCCGUACAUAGUGGAGAUCUGCGACAGCCUGAGAGGGAAUAUUUUCCAGAAGUUCAUCGAGAGUGAUAAAUUUACUCGUUUUUGCCAGUGGAAGAACGUGGAGCUCAACAUCCACUUGACCAUGAACGACUUCAGCGUGCAUCGAAUCAUCGGCAGGGGCGGCUUCGGAGAGGUGUACGGCUGCAGGAAGGCCGACACGGGCAAGAUGUACGCCAUGAAGUGUUUGGACAAGAAGAGGAUCAAGAUGAAGCAGGGGGAGACGCUGGCGCUCAAUGAGAGAAUCAUGCUGUCGUUAGUCAGCACCGGGGACUGCCCAUUCAUCGUGUGUAUGACGUACGCCUUCCACACCCCCGACAAGCUGUGCUUCAUCCUGGACCUCAUGAACGGGGGCGACCUGCACUACCACCUGUCUCAGCACGGCGUGUUCAGCGAGAAAGAGAUGCGUUUCUACGCGGCUGAAAUCAUCCUGGGUCUGGAACACAUGCACAACCGCUUCGUCGUCUACAGAGACCUGAAGCCCGCCAACAUCCUGCUGGAUGAGCACGGUCACGUUCGCAUCUCCGACCUCGGCCUGGCCUGCGACUUCUCCAAGAGAAAACCCCACGCCAGUGUCGGUACUCAUGGUUACAUGGCGCCCGAGGUUCUUCAGAAGGGGACGGCGUACGACAGCAGCGCCGACUGGUUCUCCUUAGGCUGCAUGCUCUUCAAACUCCUCCGAGGGCACAGUCCCUUCAGACAGCACAAGACCAAAGACAAGCAUGAGAUUGACCGCAUGACGCUCACCAUGAAUGUGGAGCUGCCAGACUCUUUCACCGCAGAGCUCAAAGAUCUGCUGGAGGGGCUGCUGCAGAGGGAUGUGUCGAAGAGGCUCGGCUGCCAGGGCCGAGGAGCCCCAGAGGUGAAGGAGCAUCAGUUCUUCAAAGGCAUCGACUGGCAGCAGGUUUACCUCCAGAAGUACGCUCCCCCGUUAAUCCCCCCCAGGGGAGAGGUGAAUGCCGCGGACGCCUUCGACAUAGGCUCUUUCGACGAGGAGGACACCAAGGGCAUCAAGUUGCUGGACAGUGACCAGGAGCUGUACAAGAACUUUCCCCUGGUCAUCUCGGAGCGCUGGCAGCAGGAGGUGGCGGAGACCGUCUACGAGGCGGUCAACUCGGACACGGACAAGAGCGAGGCUCGCAAGAGGGCUAAGAACAAGCAGCUCGGCCACGAGGAGGACUACGCCCUGGGUAAAGACUGCAUCAUGCACGGCUACAUGCUGAAGCUGGGCAACCCGUUCCUGACCCAGUGGCAGCGUCGGUACUUCUAUCUCUUCCCCAACCGUGUGGAGUGGAGAGGGGAGGGCGAGUCGCGGCAAAACCUGCUGACGAUGGAGCAGAUCGUGUCGGUGGAGGAAACGCAGAUUAAAGACAAGAAGUGCAUCCUGCUGCGCAUCAAGGGCGGGAAGCAGUUUGUGCUGCAGUGCGAGAGCGACCCGGAGUUUGUUCAGUGGAAGAAAGAGCUGACGGAAGCGUUCACAGAAGCCCAGAAGCUGCUGCGUCGUGCCCCCAAAGUCAUCGGGAAGGGGCGGGCCGGAGUGAUGGAGCUCUCAAAACCUCCCCUCACGCACCGCAAUAGCAAUGGCUUGUGAAUACACACACACAAACACAUGCAUAUAUAAAUACACAACACACAGACACAUAAACAUACACACAUUUUGACACAGACACACUGCAAUCCUCCCCCCACCCCCCCUCCUCAUCGGCCACAGGACAUAUGCUCGGACGCCUUCCCACCGCCCGCCCACAGCGCCUCACGGUGUGUGAACGGAGCAUGCCCGCCGGCCUCUUACACACACACACACACACACACACACACACACACACACACACACACGACACGACGACCAAUCAUAAGCGCAACAUUUUUAAUUUUCAAUUUUUUUCCUGCCAUGGGACCUUGCCAGUCGCGGGGAGGAAGGAAAGGACGAGGCGGUGGAAAGGAACGACUUUCGGGGGACUUGGCACGUGAAGAACCUCUGCAUGAAUGUGACAUGGACUUAACGCCCCCUCCUCUCUUUUCCUCGUCUUUCUCUUUUUUCGACCCCCCCCCCCCAGUCAGCCCCGCCCACCUCGCUCUGUUUGAAUCAGGUGAAUCUGGAACCAGGACACCGCAGUAGCCCGACGGACUCCUCCAAAAGCCCACAGAGCGAAAGCUCUGAUUACUGUGGGCCAGCUGAGAUGAGACCGGGCUUUAGUGGGGAAUGUAUUUCUGCGAGAGAGAGAGAGAUAGUAAAAGCUUCUUUUCAUUCCUCCCUCUAACCAUUCCUCCCUCCAUUAUUAUAUUAAGUGCAUAAAGUGCCAACGUCAAUAUUUACUUGAGUCACCUAAGGAUAACCCCCCCCAAAAACACAGAUGAGGGAGGGUGUUUGCGGCGGGGGGGCUAGGUGGUGGUGGUUGAUCAUUCCAGUGCAGAAAAAAGCGGAAGUACAAGGACCACAGACUCUUUCAGAUUGGCUCUUGUACAGCCAGUUACCAUAGAGACUGAUAUUUCAUUGGCUGACAAAGCCGCAGCCUGUUGCCAUGGGAACCAUGAAGACUGGUAUACCAGGGGAUCGGUAACCCCGGACAACGGUGUAACUAUUGUCUAUGAAGGCUACACUUGCGGAAGGAGCGGCGAGGGGACUGGACCCCGAGUGUGUGUGUAUAUACGACGCAGCCCUUUUCUCUGUGCAUCUCCGGUGUUCUAGUCUUAACGUGUUUGCAUUAUUGGGGACUUCUCCGUCUGCCUGUUUGUGAAUGUGUCCUGGCUUUUUAGGGAAGAGGAAGAGGCUCGUUCUCCUGCGGGGAGGGGGAGGGUGCGCGGGCGGGGGAGGGAGGGAGGGAGAGCGUUGACAGCAGCGCUGCAUUUACCUCAGCUGGACUGUGUCCGUUUGAACACGUGGACGCGGGCGCGUCUCUAAGGGCAGAGGGCGCCUUGUGAAACAACAGUUCACCGUCCCGCUCACACACAGUCGCCCCCCCCCCCUCCCCAGUAGGUCUGUGAUUUCAGUAGCUUACCUUGUGUGGACGGUGCGAGUGCAGGGAGGAAAAAGAAGACGACGAGCUGAAACUAAUAAUUCUAAAGGAUAAUUCCACCUUCCAAUACACCAAGCACAACUUUCAUAGACGCUUGUGGCUUUUUUCUGGUGUUUUUCUUUUUUUCUUUCUUGUAUGCAUUCAUUCCUCAACCUUUCUCAUGUACACACACAGUCCUGUACUGUAUGAGUUUGCCUACAUUUCCCAGACUGCCUCUGGGCAGCAUUCAGCUGCAGGUUGCUGAGCAGCGGGAAAAUAGUGAAAAAGGAGAGAAAGUCAAGCAAGUUGCAAUGUUCUGUUGAGCUGGGCCGUCGACCAAACCGCCGUUAAUUUCCUCGAUUAAGAAUUCAUAAUCUUUAGACUCGUGAAACUUUUUUUCAUUCAACCUAAACCCUGAGAUAGUUGUUUUUUUUCUACAACAAUAACUAAAACGAUGAAUUAACAAUUUAAAAAUUCUGUUGAUGCAGCUCUGACGUUGCAGAGCGUUGCAUUCUGGGCCCUUGGUCCUGCAGGAAUCCAGAGACCCCCCCCCCCCCCCCCCCCCCCACACACAGACACACACACACACACACACACACACACACAGCUGAUCAGCCGACGGUUCUACAUGUUACAAACAUGUCGGGUCCUUUGACCCGGUGCAGGACUGGAUGUCACCUCCACUCAGUAUAACCUGCUAUGAAGGUUUUUACGUCCCGCGGCUUUUCUUCUUUCUGUUCUAAAACAGUGAAACGUGCUCCUGGAGUUUACUGCUCACAUUCUUCUGAGAGAAGAGUGUCCACCACACCAGUGUUUCUCUGUAGACCAGAAGGUUCAGGUGAAGGAGGGGGAAAAAAAACAGCAGCUCCUGCUCUUUGACUCAAAAGUUGUCAUGACUUUGCGCUUGAAGCACCGAGGUGACGGCAUGUCCGCGUGAAAAGCGUCAGCGACGUCUUUGUUUCAGGGUUCCUAGUCCAUGUUUUUUCUUCCCCCGAACGGGACACAGUUCAGGUGACGUGAGACUUUUUUUCCCCCCCUCCUUGCUCUGGUAGUUUUUCAUUUUUUUUUGGUUUCGCGCGUCGCCAACGACCUCGUCGAAGUUUGUACCGGAGGGACAGGGACGCACGCGCGGCAGAGCAGUGGGAACAGGAAGCAGAUUUCUUCAUAACAAUUUCAGGGUUUGUUUUUUUAAUUUUUUCAUGCAGUGACAGUGUCCUUGUCUGUGAUGUCCAUGCAUUUCCACAGCUGUGAUUGUGUGACCUGCAGUAGGAAAAGGGUUGAUUAGGGGUGCAUUGUGAUUAACUUUUUUUUUUUUUUUGUUUUCUUUUCCUUUUGUAGCCUAUACCAGUCAGGGUGAGAUAUUAUCAUCGUAUAGAGAAAAAUGUUGUCACCUCUCAAGGUGUCUUUUAUUUUUGUAAACCAAAAUGGUUUUUAUUGUUUUCAUUGAAAUGUACGUUGUUGCACCUUUUUAGCCCAAUGUGUUACUUAAUAGUUGUUAAAUGUGCCAAAUAACUGUUGCUGAUUGAGUGUAACCAAUGGGAAGCCUCCCUUUCUCAACUCUUGACCCCUCUCACCGCGGACACGGCAAAGGCCUCAACAAAAACUUAAAAAGAAAAAAACACCUCACACACACACACACACACACACACACACACACAUUCUGCGGUGGAAGUUGUGAAGGGUGCAAAACUGUGACCAAACCUUUUCUGGAGGAGAGAGAAGUGUUUUUGAGCGUUUUCUGGCUUGCCACCACUUUGCCAUCGGGACUCUUGUCGACACACACACACACACACACACACACACACACACACACACGCCAUCCAGCUCUUCUCCCAACUGGUUCCCGGAGAGUUUUCUGUCACACUGUAUGUAUGUAUGUAUGUAUGUAUGUAUGUAUGUAUGUAUGUAUGUCACGUGAGUGUGUGAGCAUACGUGCGCUUCACUAUCGCUUUGUGUGUUCAUCCGGUGGAAUGUUUUAAAUUCUCUUUUUUUCCCGGUCAUACACGAGACUCUCAGCUCGAACACACGCUCGACACAAGACAAAUUUUAAAAAACGGUUGGCAUAUAGGAGAAAAAGAAAAAAAAUCUAAGUAUAUAUAAAUAUAUGUGUAUAUGAAAUGACAAAAUGCUCUAGGUUUAUUUAAAAGAUUUAAUGUAGAAGACAAAAUGAAAUUGUUCGGGGGAGGUCAGGGGUGUUUGAUGUGAGUGUAAUUGUUUGUGGUGAAGACUUCAGCUCGAAUCUUGCACAUAAAGACUUUAGAUAUUGUACCUGCGAGUUCCAGAUGAUUAUUUUUGUUUGAAUACCGGACUCUUUGCUCUUUCAUAUUUAUUGCGUGUGUGGGGAGCUCCCUCCGUCUCUCUCGGUCUCUCCUCCACGAGUCGGGGCGCAGCCGAGAGCUCGCUGUAGAAACUCUUUAUUUGUUUUGUUCUUCAUUUGCCACAGACAAACACAAAUACUACUGGCUUUGGGUUGUUAUUAUUACCAUUAAGGUUAUGAUAUAUAAUUGAUGAUAUUAUUCAAUGAUUAUGAGUAAAUUUAUUUUAUUUCGAAGAUUCUUUUGUUCUGGGGUUGUUUGUUUUUUUGCGACAGGUAGGACGUUGCGUGUUGGACUGCUUGUAAAAACAGUUCAUCAAUAAAAAUCCUCAUUCCG